AUGAAGAAGGCGAUGACGACGACGAACAUCUCCAACAUUCCAACGGAAUUGGUAGAGGAGAUUAUCUCUCGAAUUCCCCUGAGAUCUAUGAGAUCAGUUCGAUUAACUUGCAGAAAGUGGGAUACUUUAUCCAAAGGUCGGAGCUUUACGGAGCUGCACAUCGGUAAACUCGUAGCAGCAGCGGCAAGGGAAGAAGGCGAGUCUCCUCCGUUGAUCGUGCUGAUGGAACACCAACUUUAUCUGAUGAGCGUCACGGCGAAUUCAGGAAUCGACGCUGAUCCAUCGACAGAGCCUAAAGGUAAACUAGUUAGAAACGAUUCAGACCCACAAGUGAAGAUACAACAGAUCUACGAUUGCGAGGGUUUGUUGUUAUGCACCUUGGAAGACGUCAACAGGAUUGUGGUUUGGAAACAAGGUGGAUCCAACUAA